CUAUUAUCGGUGAACAAAAACGUCAUUCAGAGUUUUAUAAAAGUGGUCGCUAGCUUCUCUGUAACAUUAGCCGUUGCUUCCUCUGUUCGAAUCCACAGCAAGAGAAGAAGCAGAGACAUGAAAGCCCCUUCUUCUCUUUUCCUCAAAGGCCACGUCUUUCCUUCCUCUUUUUUUCUCCUCACAAACAGCCAACGGACACCUAAUGUAAAAAUGCACCCCAUGUUGUACUUAUGUAAAGCCAUCCAAACUAAUUCAUAUGAAAUUUCCAAUGGAAGCUAUCAUCCUACUGUUCAACACCCAACAGAAAAAAAUACGAUGGAGAAGCCAUCUAGGAAAACUGAAUCUAUUGGGGCAUUUCAAAAGUUGCCCAUAGUGAUGCCAUCAAUUGACAUUCUAGGAUCCGCAUUGAGAAAGGCGAGGAAGGUUUCUCCAACGAAAGGAAUUGCCAACAUUGCGAAAAGGGAGAAAAACAAGGGUGCAAAGCAACUUGAUGCAUUGAUGAAAGAAAUUGCUGUCCCCUUGAGGACCUAUGUGCAGAGUUUUCCUAACAAAACAUAUCUUCAUCCUUAUGAAAGAUCUCUGAUUGAGCUUACUCUUGGAGAUGGAUACUAUGAAAUGGUGCUACAGAAGGUAGAUGGUUUAAGGAAGAGAGUAGUAUCUGUUGGAAAGGAACAUGCUUCACUUUGUGCUAAGUCUUCAUCAAAGCGAGAAGCAGAGGAAAGGUUGAGUGAGGGUCUUAAGAAAAUUGAAGAGGUUUUUGCUCAAGAAAGAAAAGUUGUUGAUGAUUUGUUAGACAUAGCUAAGACUCUCAGAGCAAUGCCAGUAAUCAAUUUGGAAAUGCCAACUCUGUGUCUUGUUGGAGCUCCUAAUGUAGGCAAAUCUUCUUUGGUCCAUGUACUCUCUACCGGCAAGCCUGAGAUUUGUAACUAUCCCUUCACAACAAGAGGAAUUCUUAUGGGUCAUAUUAUUUUUAACAUUACGAAGUUUCAGGUUACAGAUACUCCGGGCCUGCUGAGGAGGCAUGAUGAGGACAGGAAUAAUUUGGAAAAGUUGACUCUGGCCGUCCUUUCACACCUGCCAACAGCAGUUUUGUAUGUCCAUGACCUUUCGGGGGAGUGUGGGACCUCACCUUCCGAUCAGUUUUCAAUAUACAAAGAACUCAGAGAAAGGUUCACUGGGCAUUUAUGGGUUGAUGUCGUGUCAAAAUGUGAUCUGUUGAAGACUUCUCCUGUGGUCUAUGCAACAGAUGAGCCGCAUCCCUUACAAUCUGAGCUUGAGAACUACCGGAAAUCAGGUCCUGAUGGAGCUAUUAAUGUAUCUGUGAAAACACGAGAAGGGCUACUUGAGUUGAAGCAGAGAGUGCAUGAACUGCUUAAUUUACAGAUGGAGAAGAUAAUAGAUACAACUAAAAGCCAGGAGAACUGAGAAGUGCCACUCCAGUAAGGUUGAAAUCCUAAUUUGUGAUGGAACUUCCUGGUCAAAUAGGUAUUCUGAAACCUUCACGGGCCUGAAUAUCUGCUAAAAUAAUUAUGCAGCUAUGUGGCCAGUCUAGCAUGAAGAGAAGCAAAGGCUUCAUUACUUCUCUUCAAGCAAUUCAGCAUUGUACAGUAUUGAGUGAGUGGUAGGCUGAGCCUAGGAAUUUUUCCCAGAAAAUGUUUGGUGGGGAAGAUCAUGUUCCCAUAUUGAACCUUCUUGAAGAAACAAGAAAUGUGUUUUUUUAUCAUUUUCCAGUCCUUUGGUUUUUUGCCUGCAGCUUGUGUAAUCUUUAACAUUUUAAAGGCCCUAUCGUAAGAAGUCAUCAUAAAUUGGUUAA